AUGGAGAAGUCAGAAUGAUGAUGGAAGACGCAAGUGAUGAAGCUGUGGCUCCAAUUCAGUUGAGUAUUGUUGAAAUUGGCCAACGUGAUUCCAUUUUCGAUGAAAUACCUUCCUGUUCAGGAGUACAAUCCACUAUUAUUGAAAUCUAACUGUAGAAGAUUGUGAGAGCUCCGACUUAGAUGAGUCUGAUUAUACGCCUUGUACUAAACUAUCGGAUAAGAUAUUAGAAGACGAAGGACCCCGUCGGAAGCGUUCAACAAAGUAUGAAGUAAACAAAAAUAAAUGGCAUGAAAACAAGAAUCGAAUUAAAAGAGAAAAGGGAGAAUCAUACGUAGGGAAAAAAAAAUGGGAUGUGGAAAUAUGACAUUUUAAAGGAACCGAGAUCACUAAAGGAUGUAUGUCGUUGUAAACUAAGUAACAAUCAAAAAUCUGUUUUAAAAUGUAGAGAAUUGACUGAAAAUGAGAGAAAAAACAUUUUUAAGGAAUUUUGGCAAUACACUUGGGCAGAAAAGAGGGUUUUCGUAAAAAAUCACGUUUCCAUAAAUUAUACUAUAAGAAAACGGGGAAUUAGGGACGUUUCAAGAAGAUCUUAUUCAAACAGAUUCUUUUUGGGCAAGGACAGACUAAGGGUUUGUAGAACGAUGUUUCUUAAUACGUUAGGAGUAAAAGAGUGGGUUAUAAAAAAAUGGGCCAAAAGUAACUUGGAAAAUGGUUAUAGAAAGGAUGAAGAUAAUGUACAGCCGAAUAAAAUACGUGACAGUACUACUGCACCUACUCGUUCGCUGCAUGACUUUUUCGACUGUCUACCGAAGCUGGAAUCGCACUAUUGCAGGGCUUCCACAUCCAAGCUCUAUUUAGAGCCAACUUGGAAUUCUAAGGCUCACUUAUAUAAAAUUUACAAAAGCGACUACUGUACUACACAUAACGUUGAACCUGCAUCGAUUGCAACAUUCCAUAAAGAAUUCGACAAAAAACGACUAUCACUAUAAACCAAAAAAAGAUCUAUGUGACACUUGUGUUGCGUUUGAGACGGGCAAUUUAACAGAAGAUAAGUACAAUGAACACAUUGCAUUCAAAAAUGCAGCAAGAACUGCAAAGACCGUAGAUAAAGAGUCUCCAAAUGAAGUUUUUACAAUGGACCUUCAAUCCGUUUUGCUAUCCCCAAAAUCAAACACGUGUGCACUGUAUUAUAAAACUAAGCUGAUUGUCCACAACUUCACCCUCUAUGACAUCAAGCGCAAUCAGGGCUACUGUUAUUUAUGGAAUGAAGCGGAAGGAGGACUAACUAGUAAUGAGUUCACAAGCAUAAUAAUA